AUUGUUUCAUUCGUGCGUUGAACCUUGGAGACUUCACAUCGGGUUUGGAGGAUCAAAUUCACGUUGGGCUUUGCUGCAACUACAACUGUCAUCUACAAAAAAAUAAUACACGCGUAGUGUGCUGUGCCUCUCUCUACGUGUGCAGGCUAGCUUUGUGUAUGUGUGUGUGUUGAUGCGCGCCUCGUGUUGAUUUGGCAUAAUUUGUUGCAAAUAACCAUUGAACGCCAAUAAAACGCAACGCAAUAAUAACUGCGCGUCCAGCGCUGCUGCCAUCGUCGUCGUCGUGUGCGUUGUGUGCAAGAAAAAUUUACAUUAUUUGAAAUCAAAAAGAAGUUAACCAUAAAUUUGUGAUAAAUUUCAUAUUAUUUAGAUUCGCCACCGCCCUGUAAAGUUCUCCACAAAAAAAGUUUAUAAUUUUUUAGCAAUUUUUACAUAUGUAUUUGUAUAUCUUGUGAAAAGCAAAAAAAAAGAUAAAACAACCAUAAAAAAUCAUUACAACUGUGAUUUAAAAAAAAAUGGCAACUUCGCUUUAAAUAUUUUUAACCAUUUGUUAACAUUGAAUGUAAAACUCAACAAUAGCAAACUUUCAACUUAAUCCCUGGACCCAUUUCACGUGAGGCCUACAACUACAACUUUUUCCAUUAAAUGAACAUAUUGUCACGAAUUGAAGCACACAACAAACUCCAAAUUAUUUAGACGGAAGUUGGUUAAAUCUGAACAUUUUAUACAUAAAAUUAAAGAAACACAUCACGGUGAAGGGAGUCAAGGAUUUGUUGACAUCGAAGCUGCAACUGGAAAUAAACGCAACUCUACAACGUCAGCAAUAUUCGUAAAAUAUAGUAAAAGACCAUCACAUCUCACGCACACACACAGUUGGUGCAACCAGCAUGGAACGUGAAUCGAACCCAAUGCAACCCAUGUGCCGCUCUGGAUGUGGUUUUUAUGGCAAUCCAGCUACAGAUGGCCUAUGUUCAGUUUGCUACAAGGACUCGCUUAGAAAAAAGCAACAGCCACCUGUGAGCAGCACACCUGUCUCAGUUCCAAGCCCGCAACCUAGCCCCACAUUCAAUCCGGCCAUUGCAACAACCAACACAGCACAGCCCACAGUUCAGAGUUUACAACAGUCACAUAAUGAUGUAAAAGAGAAAAUCACUGAGGAAGCCGCUGCAGCUGCCAAAUCAAAUAAUGAAUCCAUCAUAUCGGCGACUGGUCCAAAUACUUCCGCACAAGCAUCAGGUACCGCAAGUGAGCAGGAUGAUAAGGAUAAGGAGGACGACAAGGAUGCCAAAAAGAAGAAGAACCGAUGCGGCGAAUGCCGCAAGAAGGUUGGCCUUACAGGUUUUCAAUGUCGCUGUGGCGGUUUGUACUGUGCCGUACAUCGAUACUCUGAUAAACAUAAUUGCACAUUCGACUAUAGAGAGCAUGGAGCACAAGAAAUUCGGCGCAAUAAUCCGGUUGUAGUUGGCGAGAAAAUUCAGAAGAUUUGAAUUUUUGCAGAUUGUGCCAGAAACAGUAACCGCAAAAUAACUGCUCGUUAUUAUAUAGUAUAUAUAUGUAUAUGUAUGUAUACGUAUAAUGCAACCCCACAACAAAUCAAAACAAUAUAUAGCAAAACUCAAUACACAAUAACAAGAAACAAUAGUACAGAAACGUUAACCAAAUACCACGCAACAAACGAUGACAUCAGGAACUACUACAACAACAUCAAUAUUGCGGAACAUCAAACAUAAGUAGAAGGCAGCAUCAUCAGUAAUAGCAAUAGCAAGGGCAACAGCAACAUCAAUCAGCAGCCAGUAGCGAGAGCAAAAGCAACAAUAAUCGCCGCAAUAUCAACAUCAUCAGCACCAACAGGAAAUAACUACUACAAAGACUUGAACCAGACGCGUAUUAGCGCGUUAGCUGCUUCGUAAAUUGUCAACUGUCAAUCUGUGACCUGUAACAAACUACAAACUGCGAUUAUGAUGCACCUUUAAAACGUUAUUCCAAAUGCAAGUUGCAAAAUUAUUGAAUUCGAUCCUUUUUUUGUCAACACAGCGCUUGGAUCAUACAACAAGAAUACACAACAACUAGAUGCACAAUGCACACGAAAACUGAUAAAUUUUAUGUAGAGAAAACUUGUGUAAUUUGGGAUCGUAAUGUGUUGUAUGUGUAGAAAGCGAAUUAAUAGAAUGGCAAAUACAAGCAAAAAUAAAACGACUACAAUUAAAAGAAAAACAAUCCCUAUCAACCACAUAUAGAAAAGUUCUUUUCAUAAUUUUUAAUUAUUGAUUAAUUAAUUAAUAUAUGUAUAUGUCAUGCAAAAAAAGAACAUUGAAAUGAAAGAAAUAAGUAAAACAAGAAAAGCAAAAAAAUGUAAAAAUUGCUUAUGGGCAGAUUAUGUAUUGCGCUUUCUAAACCUUUUGCGAAUCUUGAAGAAAACAAUAUAAAACAGGAAAACAUGGUGCAAUGGGACGAGGAGCGAUUGAAAUGUAAUAAAUAAGAUAAAUAUAUAAUUAUCUAGUAAAUUAAAGCAGGCAAAGUGUAGUGCAAGAUGUGUGAUUUCAAUUUAUAAUUCUAAUUUAAUUUUGUCCCAACACCGACAUUAAUUUUGAUUUUUGAUAAAUAAUUCGUUCGUACAUACAACCAUACAUACAUAUAUACAAAAAUUGUAAAUGUUAUAUAUAGUUAACUGAAUGAUUUUGCUGGUUUGUUAUAUAAACAGUUUUAAUAUUGUCCAUUCUGUAUUCAUAAUUGGCGAAGCAAAAUCCGAUUUGCAUAAUGGCCAAGCGUAUAAGUUCUUAUUGCUUUAAGCGUUAUUUAGUUUUUCUUUGAUUAUAUUAAAACACAAUAACGGGCAUACAUAAAAAGAUCUUUAAAUUUUGCUUUUCUCCUUUUAGCAAUAACUUUUAUAAAAAAAACGAAUUACAAUAACACAUAGCUAUUAAUUUUUGUUGUUAGCAUUAGACUUUAUACAAGCAAAAAAAGAAAAGAAAAUACACACAAAAAAACGUAAAUAUAUAUAUAAAUAUAAAUAAAAGUAAAAACUAAACAAUUUUGGUUUGAUAAAUUAAUAAUACCACAACUUUACAGAAACCUAUCUUAUUUUUGGUACACAACUGUUUAAGAAAAUGAACUAAAACAUUAAUUUAACACAAACAGAACUUGCAUGAAGGUAUAAUCCAUAUCACGCUAAUGACAACGUCCACGUUCAAAUGUUGAACAUCCAUAAAAGACACAAGAGUGUAGAUCUUUUUAGGGGCAAUAAAAUAGCAUACAUAUAGUGUUGGCUAGUGUGUUUUGGGUACCUAGGUGACCCUGUGGAUUAGUUUGCGUAAUCCAAUCUUGUCAAAGUUCAUUGAAAUGAAGGCGCCUUUACCAACAACUCGAGUUAAUGCGGAAACUUAUCUCAGAAGUUCAUUAAAUAUUCAAACAAUAAAUAAUGUUUCGAUAGACAAGUCGAAAAAAAA